AGGCCAAAGGUCGCAAACAACAUGGCGGAACGCACAGAGAGGAAGAGCGGUGUUUAGAGUUGCUUCUCUGCAAAACAUUAAAUGAUGUUACUGAAAUUUCAACAUUUCAGAAUCAUUCCACAAAUAAAAACAUGAGAAAAUGGAUUAGAUUGAUGCUCAGGGUUUGAGUGAAUAAACCGCGGAGUGAUGAAUCGCAAGAAAGACAAGGGCUUUGAGAGCCCGCGACCUUAUAAAUUGACCCAUCAGGUUGUCUGCAUCAACAACAUUAACUUUCAGAGGAAGUCUGUUAUUGGUUAUGUGGAGCUUACCAUCUUUCCUACAGUGGUAAACCUGAAUCGGAUCAAAUUAAACAGCAAACAGUGCCGAAUCUACAGGGUGAGAGUGAAUGAUCUCGAAGCUCCUUUCAUUUACAAUGACCCCACGCUGGAGGUCUGCCAUCAUGAAUCCAAACAGAGGAACCUUAACUACUUCUCCAGUGCUUACACAGCAGCUGUUAGUGCUGUGGACCCAGAUGCUGGGAAUGGCGAGCUUUCCAUUAAAGUUCCGUCAGAGCUCUGGAAGCAGGGAGAUGAGAUGAAAGUUUUAAAAGUGUACAUUGAGUUCUCACUGGACCAGCCAAAGGGAGGACUGCACUUCGUAGUACCUGAUGUGGAAGGAAGUAUGGCAGAAAGAGCGGCCCACGUCUUUUCCUUCGGCAACCAGAAUUCCACACGGUUCUGGUUUCCAUGUGUAGACUCGUACUCAGAGCUGUGCACGUGGAAGCUGGAGUUCACUGUAGAUGCCUCUAUGGUGGCGGUGUCCUGUGGGGAUCUAGUGGAGACCGUCUACACCCAUGACAUGCGCAAGAAAACCUAUCACUACAUGCUUCCCAUUCCGACUGCGGCCCCGAACAUCUCUUUGGCUGUGGGGCCCUUCGAAAUUCUGGUUGAUCCCUACAUGCAUGAGGUGACUCAUUUUUGCCUGCCUCAGCUUCUUCCCUUGCUGAAGCACACCAUGUCCUUCCUGCAUGAGAUCUUUGAGUUUUAUGAGGAGAUCCUCACCUGCCGCUACCCAUACUCUUGCUUCAAGACCGUCUUUGUGGACGAGGCGUAUGUGCAGCUCUCAUCUUAUGCAUCCAUGAGUAUUUUCAGUACCAACCUCCUGCACAGCGGUAUGAUCAUAGAUCAGACUCCUCUCAGUAGACGUUUCCUGGCCCAGGCUUUGGCCCAGCAGUUCUUUGGAUGCUUCAUCUCUAGAAUGUCCUGGGCGGACGAGUGGGUUUUAAAAGGAAUAUCAGGAUACAUUUAUGGUCUCUACCUGAAGAAAACGUUUGGAGUCAAUGAAUACCGUCACUGGAUCAAGGAGGAACUGGACAGGAUUGUGGAAUAUGAGCUGAAGAUGGGAGGAGUCUUGCUGCAUCCCACUUUCUCUGGUGGAAAAGAAAAAGACAAUCCAACACCCCACCUUCACUUUUCUAUCAAACACCCCCACACGCUGUCCUGGGAAUAUUAUAAGAUGUUCCAGUGCAAAGCUCACCUGGUGAUGAGGCUCAUUGAGAACAGAAUCAGCAUGGAGUUCAUGCUUCAGGUGUUUAACAAGCUCCUAAGUCUGGCCAGCACAGCAUCGUCCCAAAAAUAUCAGUCUCACAUGUGGAGUCAGAUGCUGGUGUCCACCUCUGGAUUCCUUAAGUCUAUCUCCAACGUGUCGGGAAAGGACAUCGGACCCCUCAUCAAGCAGUGGGUAGACCAGAGUGGGGUGGUCAAAUUUUUCGGCAGCUUUGCCUUCAAUAGAAAAAGAAACGUACUGGAGCUAGAGAUCCGUCAGGACUACACAUCUUCUGGCACUCAGAAAUACGUGGGCCCAAUUAAAGUGACCGUGCAGGAGUUGGAUGGUUCAUUUAACCACACCCUACAGAUAGAGGAGAACAGUUUGAAACAUGACAUUCCCUGUCAUUCCAAAAGCAGAAGGAACAAGAAAAAGAAAAUCCCUCUGAUGAAUGGAGAGGAAGUAGACAUGGACUUAUCAGCCAUGGAUGCUGACUCUCCUCUGCUGUGGAUACGGAUCGAUCCGGACAUGUCGAUCCUGCGGAAGGUGGAGUUCGAGCAGGCGGAUUUCAUGUGGCAGUAUCAGCUGCGCUAUGAGAGGGACGUGGUGGCCCAGGAAGAGUCUAUUUUAGCACUGGAGAAGUUUCCCACAGCUGAUUCACGACGCGCUCUCACUGACAUACUGGAGCAGGACCAGUGCUUCUAUAAAGUCCGCAUGCAGGGAUGCUUCUGUCUGGCUAAGAUUGCUAAUUCUAUGGCGAGCACAUGGAUGGGUCCACCAGCCAUGAAAUCUCUCUUCACGCGCAUGUUCUGCUGCAAAAGCUGCCCGAAUAUUGUCAAGACCAACAACUUCAUCAACUUUCAAAGCUACUUUCUGCAAAAGACCAUGCCAGUGGCCAUGGCUCUGCUCAGAGAUGUCCAAAACCUUUGUCCCAAAGAUGUCCUGAACUUCAUAUUGGACCUCAUUAAAUACAACGACAACCGGAAAAACAAGUUUUCUGAUAACUAUUAUCGUGCUGAGCUGAUUGAUGCCUUGACAAACUCGCUGACACCUGCCAUCAGCAUUAAUAAUGAGGUGCGCACAGUGGACAACUUGAACGCAGAUGUUCGUCUGAUUUUGGAGGAAAUCACACGCUUCCUAAACAUGGAAAAACUGCUGCCGAGCUACCGGAACACCAUUACUGUCAGCUGCUUGCGGGCCAUUCGAAUGCUACAGAGGAACGGCCAUAUUCCCAGUGACCCCAGUCUGUUUAAGUCCUACGCCCAGUACGGCCACUUUGUGGAUGUAAGGAUUGCAGCACUGGAGGCUGUAGUGGACUACACCAGAGUUGAGAGAUGCUCAGAUGAACUGCAGUGGCUUCUGGAUCUUGUGCAGAAUGACCCAGUGCAUUACAUAAGGCAUAAGAUCCUGAGCAUGCUGGCCAAAAAUCCACCCUUCACUAAAGCUGCAGAGUCUUCGUUGUGCAAUGAAACUUUAGUGGACCAACUGUGGAAGUUGAUGAACUCAGGUACUUCUCAUGACUGGCGUCUGCGCUGUGAUGCGGUGAAUCUGUAUUACGCUCUGUUUGGUCUGACCCGUCCAUCCUGUCUACCGCUGCCUGAGCUGGGUCUCGUGUUGAACCUGAAGGAGAAGAAAGCCGUUCUCAACCCCACCAUCAAACCUGAGCAGGGCUCUGGAGGUCCAGAGGUGACUGCUAGCAUGACCUUCACCAGCACUGUGAAGCUGGAGGAGGAGCAGCAUGUUGUCAUUGAGCCAGCAUUGAGUGGUGUUGCCAUGGCCCCGCAGGGUUUAAAGAGGAAGGCGGAGACUCCGUUAGGUUCAUCGCCUGAACCGGGACAGAUUAUGCAGGAGGAGCCCAUUGUUAAACUAUCUGUCAAGGGCAGAUUCCCAGGAACGCAGGAAGAGGAAGAUAUUGAUAUGGACACAGUUCAUGACAGCCAGGCUUUCAUCUAUCACCAUCUGAACAUGCUGGAGAGACCUUCAACUCCAGGUAAAGAACCAUCGUCAGUGGAGCAGGCCAUAUUGUCCAUGCCAGGAACACCAAUGCCCCUACUGAGUAAAGAGAGCCUGUCCUCCAAACAUGGAGAUCACCACCACCAUCAUCAUCAUCACCACCACGAGCACAAGAAGAAGAAGAAGAAACAUAAGCACAAGCAUAAACACAAACACAAGCAUGAGAGUAAAGACAGAGAUUCUCACGCCUUCAGUAAUAGCCCCGCCAGUGGCCGCUCCAUUCGUUCACCAUCUAUGUCUGACUAAAAAUACACAUUUUAAGGCGUAUUUUUUAAUAGUUUUAUUUAGUUAAUUAUGUUUUACCCAAUAAACAUCAGAUACCCAGAAUGCACUGCAGUUGAAGGAAUGGUUUACCUUAAAAUGUCUCGACUUACUCCUGUUUAUGUUGUUUGGAGCCUAUAUGCUGUUGUUUUUUCUGUGGAAUACAAAACUAUACGUUUAAAUAAUAAUUGAAGUUCAUAGUGACCAGUGUACUAUUUAUACUAGGUCAGAUAAGUUUUCUGAAGCCAUGUGACAAUUGUGUGCUUCACAAGACUUAAAAGUGGUAGUGCUGCUUUUUGGGAGCUUGACAACUCUGUUACGUUGAACUGUCAUUGUUUGUCAAGAGCUCCAGAGAUUUCCUCUAAAAAAUUCAACUUUUGAGCAUGCUUAAAACAACACUGGGGUAAACAUCUACAGUUUCAUUAUAAGGUACUGUUCUAUUAAAUGCUGUUAGCUUUUUUCAUGACUUGCUUUUUAGUUCAUCUGUUCUUUAUUUUAGCUUUGGGGAGCCACCAUGUACCCCAUCUCUUUAAUGACCCCACAUAAAAGCAGGUUUUGUGGUCAACUGACCACGCGUGAAGUUGCCCGGUUUGUGGCCGCUGAGUCACAAAAAUAAAGAUUUACACAGUUUCACCACGAGGUUAAUCCCACCACUGUCUCUCAAGGUAAAUGUCAACAUUCUGCAAGUACUUUUUUAUAAGGGAACAUUUAACUUCAUAAGCUCUGUGGUCUGUUAACCCCUUGUAAUCUUUCCAAUGGUGCUUCAUUGGCCACUGAAAACUGUAAAGGGUCAGUGAAUCUAGUUUUUUUUAUUUUGGUCACUAAAUUGCUUUAGAUAUGUACUUUAUUUUGGGCCAUAACUCGUUUUUGUAAGUUUCACUUCUUUACCCCAUCAUGUGUUUUUUAUGUGUUAUUGUAGCAAUUUUAUAAUUCAGUAAUGCAGAUGUUGAAACUAAGUUUUCUUGUUCAUUAGCAUGUUUUUAUAUAAACCCAUAAAGAGACUUAAAAAACA